UACAAAAUGCUUUGGUCCGGACAAAUAUGACCAUAGUGAGAGUCUGGAUCAUGAGUACAUUCAUCAUGUCGAUGCGGAGUCUUUCCAGCGAGCUCUUGAGCUUCCUUGUAGCAUAUGUACUCGGCUCUACAAAGCAUUCCAAAGAACCUCCGGUAUAGUUGGCUUUAUUAGAGCGUGUCAUGACGGCUGACUUAUUGUUAGAACGAUCGGACCAGACCAUUUAUUUGACAGGGCCAACGCAUUACUGUUGGUUAAAUGACGACCUCAGUUUCCUGAGCCACUGUGGAACUGUUUGGCCUGGACUGGUACCAUACGAAUCAAGGCCUGACUUACAUUAUCAACAUAUCACUCAAAACACGGGUGAUGCUAGAGCUCUUUCAUUCUUGAAGGAUCGGUACCACCAAUGCCGAGAAAAGCAUUCGCAAUGUCAACGUAUCGCACCCUAUAAUGAUUACAUGCCAACUAGAACCAUAUUUGUUGGAUCUGCUGGGGAAGAAGAAGUACGCCUUUGCGAUAGUGUCGAGAUGAUCGCCGGAUCCGCCUACAUUGUACUUUCACACUGCUGGGGCAAGAACCCGCAACAUGUCAUGCUGACAAAAUCUACUGUGGAGAUGCUCAAAGAAGGCAUCGCUCUGUCUUCUCUGCCAAAAACUUUCCAGGACGCCAUUGCAAUAACACGGACAUUCGGCAUCCAAUAUAUCUGGAUUGAUUCUCUGUGCAUUUUUCAGGAUGACUUACACGACUGGGCAGCUGAAGCUUCUCGUAUGCGCGAUGUUUACAGCAAGGCCGAACUCUGUAUUGCAGCCACUGGCGCUGAAAAUGGAGAUGUUGGUCUUUUUCUUGAUCGCGACACCGAACAAGUCACACCCGUCAUGGUCGAGGCUACGUGGUCAAGGGAGCACUAUUUAUCACGCUGGCUAACCCCAGGUUUCUACCUGUUUGGCUUUAAUCAUGUCGAGGCUUAUGAAGCCAUCGAUGCUGCGCCUCUAAAUCAAAGGGCAUGGGUUGCUCAAGAACGUUUUCUUUCUCCACGGAUCUUGCAUUUCACACAAUCCCUGCUCUUCUGGGAGUGCCAAACAUUUCUCACACACGAAAACGAUGCAGUGUUGGAAAAUCCAAACUUUCAAGAAUUCCGGGGAAUCAACUAUCUCAGAGAGCAGCUCAUUCAAGUUCAAAGGCCAAAAUUCAGCGUUGGACCUAUGCAGGAUGUCACUCUUCCCAACACUACGCCAAGAGAGCUCUACAACGCGUGGUGGGAAUUUCUGGCGGAUUACACUUCAUGCGGCAUCACUAAAGAAUCAGAUAUCCUGGUUGCGCUAGUUGGCGUAGCAGACCACGUUGGACAUGCUACGAGCGAUUGCCUGGUUGCUGGUCUCUGGAAAGCAAACUUCAUCGAAGAGCUGUGUUGGCGUUCAGACGGUAAUAUCUCGAAGCCUAGCGUCUGGCGCGCACCAAGUUGGAGUUGGGCGAGCUUGUCAAGCCGUUGUGACAAUUUUGCAUACUCGAACGGCAAUAUCGAUCAUCAAAUGGCAGCAGUAGUCGAACUCUAUAUAUCGACAAAGCCUUCAGGAGAAGUAGAACAAGGCUCAGCCCUCGUGGAAUGCAGACUCGUUCCAGCCGCUGUGCAGUAUAGAGGACUGAAAGGUCACGAUAGAUACUACAACGCCUGCACCACUUUAGGCAAAAAGCUUGACGUUGCGGAAGCGCCUUCUUGCUACGCUGAUCAAGCGGUCGACGUUCAACUGCUUGUGCUCUUGAAAAAUGGGGACGGCUCUAUGUAUUGGAUGACACUAGACGGAAUCUGCGUAGUGGGCUCCAAAAAACAGGAGGGUGCUUUUGAAAGGGUUGGGUAUUUUCACGCGAAAGGUGCAGCCGCGAUGUUGUUGCUGGCAGCGUACCACCAAGCUCGGGUUCAAGCGAUCUCACUUGUAUAAUCUGUUUUCUUAUACCUCGAUUGAAUACUAGUAUUUGUCUCGAAGACUCUGUUAUAUAGCUAUUGUACCGUGUUAGGAGAGUUCGAGGAGGCGAGUUUGCAAUGGACUUAGUCUCAGAUGGGAUUCAAGAAUCCUCUACUGAGGCUUUACAUUGCCUUAAGAGCAGUUCGAGCUGUGUCCCCGCUGGAGGGAGACUUGAAAAAAGCGCAGAGACCCAAAAGCUCAGGAAGAAGUGAUUGGACGGUCGUACAG